UUGUCUCUCCUAAUAACAUAGAGAGAGAGAGAGAAAAGGGUCUCACUCUCACCUAAAUGCAAUUCAGCUUCUGAAAGCCAAACCUCUCAACAGAAAAACUUGUGAAAGGAUGCCAGGGAAACCUGAAACCGAUGAUUUGGCAGUAAAGCAUAGUGAGUUGCCAUCUUCCAUUUACUCACAUCAGCCUUGGUGGCUUGAAAAUGCCUCCAAAUCAAGCUCAGCUGAUCAGCUAAAUGGUUCAAUCAUGAAUGGUGUAACAGAUUUAGAGGCUAAUGAAAGACAGCAUUUGGUUUCGCCUUCACUUUAUGUAACUGAUAAGUCAGGUGGGGACGUUGUCAAGGAGCAGCAAAACAUCAAACACGCCCUGUCCUCAACUCCAUUUACCAUGGACAAACACCUUGAUGGUCAUUCAAUUGUUUUAACAUCCCCUUAUUCAAAUGCAGAGUUUGGUCAAAUCUUAACAACUUAUGGACAACAAGCUAUGAUGAACCCCCAGCUAUACCAAAUGCAUCAUGCUAGAGUGCUUUUGCCACUUGAAAUGGAAGAGGAACCUGUCUAUGUCAAUGCAAAGCAGUAUCAUGGUAUUUUGAGGCGAAGACAGUCGCGCGCUAAGGCUGAGCUCGAAAAGAAAGUUAUUAAAGUUAGAAAGCCAUAUCUACACGAAUCCCGUCACCUACAUGCUUUGAGAAGGGCAAGGGGAAAUGGCGGUCGCUUUCUCAAUACAAAGAAGCUCGAACAUAAAGAUUCUCAUGCCGCUCUAGAAAAAGACAACAAUACUGGUACAACACUGGUUACCAACAAGGAGAAUCAAGGCUCAUCUAAUGCGUCACAGUCCGUGCACAAAAUGCAGGGUUUCAACAUCGGUUACUGUGCUGGAAAUGGCUUUACAGCUCUAUGUCAUUCACAGGCAAAUGGAAAACAGGAGAGUGACUUCUUUGGUAAAGAGAGGGAAUCAAAUGGUGGUAUUAAAUGACCCUCCAUACAGCAACAGUGCAGGUGAAGAUGAAGGGAUUUAUCUCAUCCAACUUAUGAUGCUGUAAUUCAAAGGCAAAUCAUUCUUGGCUAAGUUAAUUUAGAUUAUAGUGUGGUGAAACCAGUGACAUGGUAAACUUCAUGCCUUGUUUGGUCUCCCCUUGCUCGUGUUUCUCUUUACAUGUUCAUUUGCAAAAUGAGUGAAAGAAAUAAAAGAAAAAUCAACUUUGGUUUGUGAACUUUACAAUAAGAAUCACUUGUGUGUCAUAUACUCCACAAAAUUUUGGAAUUUUCUUUUAUUUUUAUCCCAUCUAUUCUUUCAC